CUGGGCUCAGCCAGUUUCACACUGCUGGGCAAGAUGAGGUUGGUGCUCGUGCUCGCCACACUGUUGGUGGUCUCUCUCUGCAAGAAGACAUUUGAGGGAGAUCAGGUGCUUCGCAUUGUUCCGAAGGAUGAGGUCCAGCUCUCGCUUAUAAAGGAUCUGGAGGACAUGAUAGAGUUGGAGCUGGAUUUCUGGAAGGAUGUGACUGAUGUGGACACUCCUGUGCACAUUAGAGUUCCCUCCCAUGGCCUGCAGUCCACCAGAAUGUACCUGGAGUCUCAGGGCAUCGAUUACUCCGUCAUGAUUGAAGACCUGCAGGUGAUUCUGGAUGAGGAGCAGGAGGAGAUGGACUCUGCAGCUCGUGUGGCUGCGCCCAGAAACACUGACAACUUUGACUACUCCAGAUACCACACCAUCGAAGAGAUCUACAGCUUCCAGGACAUGCUGGUGGCUGAGAAUCUCGGCAUGGUCAGCAAGAUCGUGAUCGGCAGCAGCUACCAGGGCCGUCCCCUGAAUGUGCUCAAGUUUAGCACUGGUGGAUCCAACCGUCCCGCGAUCUGGAUCGACACUGGAAUCCACUCCAGAGAGUGGGUCACUCAGGCCAGCGGCACCUGGUUUGCCAAGAAGAUUGUGUCCUCCUACGGACGUGAUCCUGCUCUGACCGCCAUCCUCGACAAAAUGGACAUCUUCCUGGAGAUUGUGACAAACCCUGAUGGCUUCUAUUACACCCACAACAGCAACCGUAUGUGGCGUAAGACCAGGAAGCCCAACCCUGGCUCUAGCUGCGUUGGUGUCGAUCCAAACAGGAACUGGGACGCUGGUUUUGGAGGACCUGGUGCCAGCAACAGCCCCUGCUCCGAGACCUUCCGUGGCCCCAGGGCUCACUCUGAGUCCGAGGUCAAGUCCAUUGUGGACUUUGUGAAGCAACAUGGAAACAUUAAGGCGUUCGUCUCCAUCCACGCCUACUCCCAGAUGCUUCUGUAUCCUUACGGCUACACCAGGACUCCAGUCCAGGACCAAAACGAGCUGCACGCUCUGGCUAAAAGGGCUAUCACAGACCUGGCUUCCCUGUAUGGUACUAGAUACAGAUAUGGCAGCAUCAUCAACACCAUCUACCAAGCCAGUGGAGGCACCAUCGACUGGACCUACAACCAGGGCAUCAAGUACUCCUUCACCUUUGAGCUGAGGGACACAGGUCGUUACGGUUUCAUCCUGCCAGCCAAUCAGAUCAUCCCCACCGCCCAGGAGACUUGGCUGGCUCUGAUGGCCAUCAUGGAUCACACCCUCAAGAACCCAUACUAAAAAACCUGUGUGGUCACUGUUGGCAGAUGCAACCUCCAAGACUAAUAUCACCAUCAUUAUCUUCCUACUCUGUCCAGAUGAUUUCCACAGAUAAAUAAACAAGCACCUCUGGAAAA